AACCUCUCCCUCUACGUAAUCCUACGUGAACUUCGGCAGGAGAAAGUUUUGGGGCGAAAACGUAGCCCUGUCUGUGUGGAAUGGGUGUAUGUUAAUCUGCUUUUGGAAGAAAAUAACUUGACAUUUUGGCUUGAUGAAUGGAUUUUAACAAAGCUUUGCGGCGCUGUAGAAUUGUAUAACCAAUUGAAGUGCAGAAGCGUUUGUUCCAACUUUCUUUUUUAACUUGUGGCGUUCUUAUUUUUCUCGGACCAAAAGAGACAUUGGGGGAGAACCGUAUUUAGCGGUGACAGUUUUCAAGGGAAAGGGAAAACAAGCGGAUUUUAUGCUAAAGAAAAGCAGAAACUCCACAGGAGAAAUUAGAGUGUAAUUUUGACCUUUGUGUAUGUCGAGCAAUACUUUUUAAGGCAUUUGUUAACCUCGUUACACAUAAGUGUAAGAACAUUGGAAAGUGUACUGGUUUUGUAAAAGGUCGUAGUUUCUGAUAAUUCACCAAAAACGUUGAAAAACAUUAUGGCGAAGAAGUACGACUUCCUUUUCAAAUUAUUACUCAUCGGAGAUAGUGGAGUGGGGAAAACAUGUCUGAUUAUUCGAUUUGCUGAGGACAACUUCAACUCAACCUACAUAUCAACUAUCGGCAUCGACUUUAAAGUAAAGACGAUAGACGUGGAGGGAAAGAAAGUCAAACUGCAAGUCUGGGACACAGCAGGGCAGGAGAGGUUUAAGACCAUCACUACAGCCUACUACAGAGGAGCUAUGGGCAUCAUCCUGGUGUAUGACAUCACAGACGAGAAGUCCUACGAGAACAUUCAGAACUGGAUGAAGAGCAUCAAGGAGAAUGCAUCAGCGGGGGUCAGCCGGAUGUUGCUCGCUAACAAGUGUGACAUUGAGGCCAAGAGGAAGGUAUCCAAGGAAACGGGGGAAAAGCUGGCAAAGGAUCAUGGGAUCAGAUUCUUUGAGACCAGUGCAAAGGCCAGCAUCAAUGUUGAUGAGUCUUUUAUGGCUUUGGCUCGAGAUAUUCUACUGAAGUCCAGCAAGAAGCCGGGCCCCACAGGUCGCGAGGUCAAAAUCACCAACGCUGAGAAGAAAUCCUCCAAAUGUCUCCUACUGUAGAGGCAGAGCUGGCCUGUCCUGGCUGACUCUUCGUUGCCCGAGGGAACUAUCACAUAUAGGAACAAUAUUAUUGCAAAGGAAAGGGUUUCAAAGGCGCAAUCCACAAGUUCUCCUUCCCCUGUGGCAACAAGAUCCAUUUCAUUAACUAUUGACUUGAGAAAAUAUCAUGUUUUCAUUUACUUCCCCCUCCCCUUUAAAAAGUGCUAACUACACUUUUUUUAAACCAGAAAGCAAACUUCUGGAUUGCACUUUUAAUGACCAUGUAACUAUGUUGAGGUGGUCCAAGGGCAUUUUCCAGAGGAAUAUCCAGUGGUUUGUUUAAAGAAUAGGAUGAACACCACCUUGAUUUCAACCAAAACAUGUUUUGUAUCAACUGUCUUCAAUCUCCUGCAAUUUCUUAGUUGUCUUGGUGACUGACUGAUUGACAUGGUAUGUUUACACUCCACCAGAGCCAUUCAGAGUUAAGGAAAAUGUCUUCCAUGUUGGCUCCACAUGUUCCAUGAGACAACAUUCCAAAAUGAAUUCCUUCUACAAUGAUCUGUUGAACUAGAUUUUUUGGAACCAACAUGGUGGUCGAUCAAAUUCUAAAUCCCAAACUGAGUUUGCUGAACUCUAUAAUCCCAUGGCUCUGGACUUCACACUGUAGAGUAGUGGUGCACAGCUCCUUAAUGGAACACGAGUCUGCUGUGUUUCAUUCUAUGUCAGAGGAAUUAUUUUUCCUUGUUUAACCAGGAACAUUAACAAGUGACCUUUCAGUCAAACUGCCAGUCACAUUCUUGCUUUUUGAUUGAACAGUUGAUGUAACAGUAGAUUGUCUGGAGAGUGUAAUCACUGGGCUCCUCGGAUGGAAAUGACUUCCUGAUGGAGAGACAAGGUCAAAAAGCAGCAGGUAUUACUGUAACAUUAAAGGUAACUACUACCAUAAUGGGAUCCUAGAGGACCUGCGUUGUGCACCGCUGACAUAGAAUCACUUUUCAGUGUCAUAGCCAAAGAAUUUAAAUUAGGACAACACACAGACAUUCCUUUCCAUUUGUUUCAUUUCUAUGUUCAUAGCAGCUCAUAGUGUUUAGGAGGAGCACAGGGGGCAUUCUAGAGAGUGACGGGAGUUUAGAUCUCUAUGCUGUAACUAUGGUGAUGGUACAUUAUGCUCUUAAAGGGAUAGUUCACCCUGAAUUGUAAUUUUGUCUGUGUUUUCCACACUACGUAAAGAUGAGUGAUCUGG